AUGUCCGCGCUUCGUGACCUCGGGAACGAGCAUUUCAAGGCCGGAGCCUACAAAGAAGCGGAACAGCUCUACACAGAAGCCAUUCACUCGCACUCGCGGUCCGACCCCAAGGUCUUCGCCAACCGGUCGCUCACACGCAUCCGGCUGAACGACUGGCCUGGUGCCGAAUCCGAUGCGCGCAAGUCCCUUGAGCUCUAUGCAUCGCCCCCGUUCACUUCGGGCAAAGGCGCCGUUGCCCCUCCUGCCGCCAUGAAAGCACAUUACUAUCUAGCACAAGCUUUGAUAGCGCAGCGACACGUCUCCGAGGCGCUGACAGAGGGAAUGACUGCAUACAGAAUGUGUCUGGAUAACGGUGACAGUAGCGCGGAGUUACUGAGCCAGUUUGUGCUGAGGGCGAAGCAGGCGCAGUGGCAGGCAAAGGAGACAGGGCGUCUGCGGGAAUUAAAUGCUGAUCUACGUGUUAUCGAAGAACUUUUGGAAGGCCGCUUACAGGAAGACUUGAAAGAGCUUCAGACCAGGUUAGCCGACGGAGAGCUAGGGCAGACCGGGUUUGAGGAAGAACGGAGGAUCUUGGAAAAAGAGGCAGAGGAUAGGAGAAAGAGAGUGAGGCAGGGCAUGAGCGCCGAAGGGAAACCCGAAAUGCAAGAGAGGAACGUGCCAGAUCACUUAAUCGACAGCAUCACAUUUGAGAUCAUGCAUGACCCGGUCAUUACACCCUCAGGAGCAAGCUACGAGAGGGUCGGACUCCUGAAGCACCUCAGGGCGACCGGUUUGGAUCCGUUGACCAGGGAGGCAUUGUCUGAGAAGCAAUUAUAUCCCAAUGUCGCGUUAAGGAACGCAUGUUCUGACUUUCUGGAGAAUAACGGCUGGGCGGUAGACUAUUGA